GUGUGUGACAGGCGGAGAGGUGCGCGUUCUUUUUACGCAUCGCUUCCAGCCCUCCGGGGUCUUGUAGACGCGCAGAGGUGCGCAGCGGCUGGGAAACUCUCUGAUGACUGGAUACGACAACUUUCUGACGGAUUUCCCCCCAGAGGAAGCAGCGGGAGAGGAUGCGUAACAGCUUUACGCACGGACAUUUCAUCCAGAAAGCCAUCGUUCGAGCGCAGACCUUCAAACAUCGGAAGCUCGGCGGACUUUAAAAACAACUUCAGCCCUCGUAUUCCCGCGGUCUUGUUUACGCAUCGAAAUCAUCGAGCUGUUUGGAGACAAGACCGAACAGGUUGCUGGAGCUCUCUGACGAGCAGCAGGCGCAGCGGCGAAAGUGGUUUUGGCCGCGUAAAGUUGGAGAGAAGGAGGAGGAGGAGGUGGAGAAGGAGGUGUCCUCUGUCCCUGAAGCUGCGCCGCUUCACAUGUAUUCUUCAUGCUGUCUUCAGCCGCCGAAGGGACAGGCUGCCGUGGACUGUUACGCGCCGUGACACGCUCAAGAAAGACAUGAUACAUCGCGGUGGAUGGAUCAGAACCAGGAGCUGCGCCCCGCUCGCUGCUGGAGCUCCGCGCUGCGCGGGACAGGAGGCGCGCGGGACGCACGGUGGGAGCCGAUGCAGGGCUGCCAGGAAGAGUCGGCAGGAGGGGACUUCUGUUAUGUCAGCAAAAGUCAAGGUGGUGCUGUGGGUUCUUCUGUCGCUGCUACCUGUGAUGGAGGGUGCGCACAUGAGCGCAGGGUUUGGGUCUGAGUCCGGCCGCGUUGUGGAUCUGCUGGGUGGUCAGGAGGAAAGAGAACUUCCUGUGAGGCUGCCGGAGCUGAUGGAGGAGGAGGAGGAGGAGGAAGAGGAGCAGGAAGAAGACAGUGAUCCGUACUCACCCUGGCACACGCUAUACGAGCCCUUUGUAAUGGAGGAGGUGGAUGACCACCCCAGUAGUCGCUGGGUAGGACGCUCCCCACGCUCCUCUGACCCCUCAGAACCUCCAACCAAGGUCUCCCCGAAGAAAAAGAAGAAGAGGAAGAAGAAAGAGAAAGAAGAAGAGACGAAGCGCAGCGGCAAAAGGGGCAAAGGUAAAGGGCUGAAGCAGAGCAGCAGGGACUGCCGCGUGGAGAAGAAGGAGAUGAAGGUCAGAGACUUGGGUCUGGGCUACGACUCGGACGAGAUCGUCCUCUUUAAGUUCUGUGUGGGCUCCUGCCAGUCUUCUAGAAAAAACUAUGACUUGGUUCUGGAGACCAUGAUGGAGAACGGGUCGCUUCCCAGGCGUACGGCCCGCAGAGUCAGCAACCACCCGUGCUGUCGGCCCGACAGCUUUGAGCCCGUCACGUUCAUGGACGCUCAGACCAAGUGGCAGACCAUCGAAGAGGUGUCCGCGGCCAGCUGCAUGUGCACGGGCUGAGGAGGGCGAGCUGAAGCAGAGGGGUUGUGAAGCUGCUCUGGGCACUGGAGGCCACUUUAAGACAUUAAGACAUAAGACAUGACACGUUGUUGAAAGUCAUUCAUAGACUACUUUAAAAAAAGAAGUCACUGUCCAUGUUGAUGGCAAGUGACUGCCCUAUAAAUUGUAAAAUAAGUUAGGAUGAAAUGCUAAAACUGACAGAUACUGAGCCACAGUUGCAGCUCUGAACUUUGACCAAAGCUUGGUCAAAACAUUUGUAAACAAUUAUAUGGAGCGCGUUUUUGUGUGGAGUUAAGCCUUUAAUUGAGGUCAAAGGUUUAAAUGUGAGGUCAUCAGGUGUGGAUUUAUCAUGGCUUCCUAACAGAGUCAAUUGUUUCAACAAGCGGAUGUGAAUUAGCGGCGCAGCUAAAGGGACUGCGCUUUUAUUUUGAAACUGAAGAAAAGCUGUCCACCGAUACACUCACCUUGAAGCCGUCCCAGAAGUUCAAUUUUACUUUUAGUUUUAGAUCAAAUAGACAGCAAUGAGUCCCUCUGGCUGCGUUUACAAGUAAAGACAGUGUUUUCAUGAGCUGCUUGUCGAAUAUCCAUCCAUUCAUAAUCCUGUUUACACCGUAAAACCAUAAAAUUACCACUUCCUGUUCAUGUGAACGCAGCCAUCGCCUCAGUGUUGGAGUCAAACGGAUGCCGUGCAUCUUCUUGUAUUACUGUAUAUGUAAAGUGGACUAUAUUUAUUUCAGAUAAAUUAUUUAUUUAUUAUGGCUCCAUAUGGGAGCCGGUUUAUGAACUCGAUAGCAAAACAAAUCUCUAUUUAUUUCCAUGUUCCCACUUCAUGUUACACCUGUUAAUGUUUCUCAGCUGCCUCAGAACCCGGACUGAACCACUGAUGUCUAGUGGAAUGACUUUCUUCUUCAAGUUUCCAUCCUCAGAUUUAUAAAAAAUAUAUAUAUAUAUGUUACUGUCUGUUUUAUAGAAUGAUACUGUAUGAAGUGCAAACAACAUGAACAACAGAACCUCAACACGUUUCAUCCUCCCAGUCAACGAGUAAUCGAGUACCACGCGACCAGUAUGUCUUAUUAUAAAUGUUAUUAUUACAAAUGUCCUUUAUUUUUCUAUGCCAUUAUCCUUGAAGGGAAUAAAGUUCUUUUUAAUAUAAAUCCCGUCGUUUGCCUUCGUUCUGCAUGCACUUUUAUAGGUAUGCACUGCCCCCUGCUGGUUGAGUUUCAAACGGUACUUUAUUUCACAUCACAGUUGUUACAUGUGUCCAUCACCAAACAUGAAAU